AUGCCACCACGCCUGAACCUGCUCAGCGCGGCGCCGCGGGCGCUGGCAUUCCGCCCGAAGCCCGCGACGCCGCAAUGGCGGCUGCCGCUCGUGGCGCGGCGAUGCUACUCGGCGGGCGACGACGCCGCGGCCAAAAAACAGACGGAUCUGCCCGUGGCGGAGGAGGGGGCCAAGGGCCCGAACACGGAGACGCUGCCGCAUGUCAGCGAGGAGGCGAGCGCCAUGGCCAAGAUACGGGGCGGCGAGGGCCCGGACGUCACGCAGGGCACGCCGGUGGAGGAGGUCGUCGCCGGUGACAAGGAGGCCGAGAAGAACCUGCCCGAGGUCAUGAAGACCAAGAACAAGAAGCCUGCCACUGCCAAGGUGCCCUCGGGCACGCGCGGCUACGCGACCCAGGCCGAGGUGGUGCGCCCGACGAUGCUGCAGCAGCCGAACCCGCUGUCGCUCUCGUCGGAUGGCCUCAAGUUCGGGCCCGUCGCCUUCCCCAUGCCCGCUGAGAACCGUCUCAAGUCGCGGUAUGAUCCCGUGGUGGACCAGGUCACGAAGCUGCUGAUGCAGGACGGAAAGCUGAGCGUGGCGCAGCGGAACAUGUCCAUAAUCCUCAAUUAUUUGCGCACGGCCUCGCCGCCCGUAAUCGACCCGCGGCGGCCGCUGCUCCCCGGCGCGCCCCCACCAUCGCACCUCCCGCUCAACCCGGUCCUCUACCUGACGCUGGCCAUCGACUCGGUGGCGCCGCUGCUGCGCUUCAAGUCGAUCCGCGGCGCGGCGGGCGGCGGUGUCGCGCUGCAGAUUCCGACGCCGCUGAGCCUGCGCCAGCGCCGCCGCACCGCCAUCAUGUGGAUUCUGGGCGCGGCCGAGAAGCGCAAGUUCCGCGGCAGCGGCAAGGGCAGCUUCGCGUACAAGGUCGCCGAGGAGCUCGUCGCUGUCGUGCAGGGCUCGAGCGCCGUGUGGGAGCGUCGCAACGGCUUGCAUAAGGUGGCGGUGGCGGCAAGAGCGAACUUGAACUACAAGGGCUCCAAGGGAAGGUAA